UUAAGUAGAAGAAGCACACGCAUAACUCAAAAACGAACGAAGUAACAAAAAUUGCAAUCAGCAUUUCCAAACCAAAAAAACUACGAAAAAUGAAGACGAUGAUGGGAUUGAGAUCCUUAUUCCGAUCACUCAAGUCUUCCCGAUCUUAUUCCUCCCGCGCCUUCACCGCCACCGCCGCCGCCGCUACCAACAAACUUCAAACUCCCUCUUCCCCUCGCUUUCUCAAUCCUCUCUCUCCCUCCUCAGAAUGCAGGUCUCCGUUCUCGAACGGAGUAGGAAGCUUGCGAUUUUAUAGUGAAGAUGUGAGUCAUGUGCCUGAGAUUAAGGAUGCUGAGCUUUACAGUGUUUUCAAGGAUUUGUUGGCGGAAAAUUGGAGUGAUAUUUCGGAUGCUGUUGUUGCUGAUGCCAAGCAUGCGUUGGCGAAAAGUACUGAAGAUGAGGCUGGUAAGGAGGUUGUGACUAAUGUGUUUCGUGCUGCUCAGGCUGUUGAAGAGUUUGGGGGGAUUCUUGUUACGUUGAAAAUGGAGAUUGAUGAUAGCAUUGGUGUUAGCGGCGAGGAUGUAAAGCCUUUGCCUGAUCGUGUGAACAAAGCUCUGCAUACAAUUUUUGAUCGCUACACCGCUUAUUUGAAUGCUUUUGGUCCUGAGGAGAACUAUCUGCGGAAGAAGGUGGAGUCGGAAUUGGGUACAAAGAUGAUACACUUAAAAAUGAGAUGCAGUGGCCUUGGUUCUGAGUGGGGAAAGGUUACGGUUCUUGGAACUUCUGGACUUGCGGGUUCAUAUGUUGAGCAAAGAGCAUAGAAGAAAUAUUCUAGAAACAGUGCAUGUAAUGUAAUUGUUUGUUUUUUUCUGAUGUAAUGUCUCUGAUGCCUGGAGACCCUUCAAUUCAUCUUCUCCUGACUUUUUUUUUGUUGUCGAGCGUAUAAUCGCUAGGAAAUAAUAGCUUUUAACUUUAUCAGCUGGGAAUGUUUUCCGUCAUUUUCAAUGUCAUUUCCCGUAAGCUGUAAAUGCUGGUGAAAUUUUUAGGACUUGUAUAUUUUCUCCAUAAUAUGAAAAUAACAGAUCAGGAGCUUGGUUAAUUA